GAGCGAAGCAGCUGCUGAGGCAGAAACCGCCGCUUAGGCUUAGCAGACGGGGGAAGAAGUCUCGCCGCUGCCGCCGGAGCAACCGAACCCUUUAGAGCCUCGGCUCUCGCCGUCGCGGUCGCGGUUUCCUGUCAGCCGCCUUUUCCCAGAGAGAGCCGGCGAAGAGAGGGGCGGGGCUUCUUCGCCAGUUUCUGAGUUUUCUACUUGGCAUUUGGAUGUUUGCCCCAGGGAUGGCGAGGAGGGGCAUCCUGGCUCGGUAAACGUGCAGGCUGGCUUACCGUCCAGACCAUGGACUCACUGAGACACCCUGAGGUGUGAAAAUGUCAAGGAAUAACAGAGCGCUCGUGGUAGACUUUAUUUCCUACAAACUGUCUCAGCGGGGCCACAGCUGGCAUGAGAUUGAGGCAGAGAACGGCGAGGACAUGACCGAGUUAGCAGACGAGACGGGGAGUGCCCUCAACGGGAGCCCCUCUUGGCAUCCCAGCACCAGUCCUGUCGUCAAUGGGGCUACUGGGCACCCCAGCAUCCUCGAAGAGCAGGAAGACAACUUGAGGUUGGAUGUGAGGCAGACACUCAGGGAAGCCGGCGAUGAGUUUGAACUGAGGUACCGUCGGGCUUUCAGUGACCUCACCUCACAGCUGCACAUCACCCCUGGCACGGCUUACCAGAGCUUCGAGCAGGUGGUGAAUGAACUGUUUCGGGAUGGGGUGAACUGGGGGCGGAUAGUGGCAUUUUUCUCCUUUGGAGGAGCCCUGUGUGUGGAGAGCGUCGACAAAGAGAUGCAAGUGUUGGUGGGGCGGAUUGCUAGCUGGAUGACCACAUACCUGACUGACCACCUGGACCCCUGGAUCCAAGAUAAUGGUGGCUGGGACCGGUUUGUGGAUGUCUAUGGGAAUGACGCAGCCGCCAAGAGCAGGAAAGGCCAGGAACGCUUCAACAAGUGGCUCUUGACAGGGGCCACUGUGGCUGGUGUGGUCCUCCUGGGCUCCCUGCUGAGCCGCAAGUAGCCAGAGACUGACUCUCCGUCCAUCCGCCUCGGCUGGUGCUUUCCCGCCAUUGCCGAGGCUCAGCCUUGUGAUCAUUCCAGGGGUGGGGAUGGGGGGGCUUGUUAAAAGAGGCCUCUGCAUUGCAACACCCCCUCCCCCACACUGACCCUGUCUCAUCCCCACCCCCCAAAAAACAACUCACAGACCUCUCUCUGGUGCCUGCUACCCCACAGACAUCUCCAACCACAAUAGGGACUGUUGAGACUCACACACACCCCACACACACCACCUUUGGGUGUCUUGUCUACUGGCCCCACCCUUCAGGACAACAGCUGGCAUACCCUGAUCGUGUCAGUCACAUUGACCCACAGACCUAGUAUAUAUCUUGACUGUUGUUUUAAUGUCACUCCAGACUAGCCCAGCCCCUGAGGGGGUGGUGGAAAGCAGAGGCGCUGCCCUAUAGGGUUUUUGUAAGAGAGAAUAUGUUUUUCCCUCCUAACUUGGCACAGAGUCUUCUGAGCUGAGCAAGCCAGGUGGAGAGAGCAGAUGGCUUUGGUUCCUCCCCAUGUGAGGAUGUUCCAGGCCCAAAAAACGCCAGAGAAGAACCCCCUCCAUCCUAAUUGCCAGGUUUGGAUGCUGUGAUUGUGGACAGCAGGGACGAGACAUUCUUUCCAUGAGGCAGAGGUGGCCUGGGGAGGGCAUAAGAAGAGAGAAGCAUUUGGUGAUCUGAAGGUAGGACACUUGGGCACAGGAGGACACAUAUAUGGGUUUUUUUCCUGCCCAAAUGCUCACUCAACUCUCCCUCCUUGCCUCCCUUGUUGGGGCGAGGAUGUCAGGCAAUGUCCUGGUCUUUCCUUCCUCCUUCACAAGAUUCAUUUCAAGGAUGCCACCACAGCCCUGGCUGCAGCCCACAGUUUGCUUAGAACCCAUAUUGUCUGGUGCAGAGGGAGGAAGGCAGAUGGGGUACAGGUUGUUUUUACAAAAAGUAACUUUUGGCACUGACACUGCUGUAUAGAGUACUCCCUUUAAGCCUUUCUUCCCUCAGCAAAAGGCUGACAGACCCUCUCCCCAAUUUACUUCCCAGACUUCUCUCUCCCUGCAAGCCCCUUCCUCCUGCUGCUCCCUCCUGCUUCUCUCUGUGACAUUUGUCCCUUUUCUCUGCAACCAAGGCCUCAGGACAUCCCAGUCCAGCCGCUAUUUCUCUUCAUGCACAUCCCCUUAUAUCGCACACCCACCCCAUGCGCACGAAGACCACAUUGCUCUGUUGUCUUUGUUCUUCAAACAGCUCUUGCCUGUCUGCACUGGCCUGGGAUUUGUAUGUGCUUGGGCAAGAUGGGUCGGGGGUCAUGGCAUCUGGGACUGGGGGGCACCAUCCACCAGGAGUAGCAAGUAGAGGUGGCAGAUGCGAACCAUCCACUACCAUCCCCCAAUGGCCAGGGAAGGGGUGGAGGGUUUGGGCUGUCAGGCUCUCCAUUUUGUUCCCCUUUUCUUUGAGAGAAAGAUGGAGAAGGAAUCAAUCCUUGGACUCCCUGCCUGGACAUCAAGAGUUAUGUAGGACGUGGACAGGCCUGGAUUGUUUCCUAUCUUCUGCUUGUGGCCAAGAGAGGAGGCAGAAGAUGGGAGAGAGAAGUGGGGCCGCUGAGAGAAAGAAAGUCCGUUAACCAGAGCAGCCUUGGGAAGGUGUUUACGAUCAGCUGCUAAUUGCAAGGCUGGCUCUCUGGGGACGCUUCGUGGCAGAGGCCCAAGCUACUUCCAGGAAAAGCUGAGAGUCAACAGCAAGUGCUAGGCCAGGCAGCACAGUGAGUCUUCAGGAGGAGGAGGUGGGGUGGGUGAGAAGGGAGUGUAAGUGGAUGCGUGCCCCUGCCUUCCCAAGUCCUCAGAUGAGAUGGGGCGAUGCAUGGCCAAAAUAGCUCCUGGCCACAUAUGUCGGGCCAGGGGCACUUGCAAGGUUAUCUGUCCUCCUGUAGAUGUGAGAUCCAUGGAGAAAGGCAGGCAUCCUGGGAUGGGAAGCAAGUGGUUCUGGUGAAUGGAAACAGGUGUAGCUCUCCUUAGAAGGGGAUGGGGGCUUGCCAGCUGUGGGGCAGCCCCAGACACGAGGCUGGACCUUGUCUGAUGGUGCCACCUCAGUGCUUUGCAAUAAUUGCCAGCCUCAUCUAGUGGUUGCCAUGGUAGCCCAUCCCACGUGGGCUGAGACAGCUGCACCCGGAGGCCAUUUCUGUGGGACCCACGACUUGGGGAGAGGGAGCGGAGGAGGCAAGCAUGGGCCUGUGUGUGUAUCCCUUGGUCUCCGCAGCAGCCAAGGGAAUGGGGGCUGCCUGGAGGAUUGAUGGGCCAAAGAUGUUUGGGCUGAGCUUGUUGGCAGGGCCCAUCCUUCCCCUGCUCCCAUUCUUGGGUCCCCUCCCCAAGCAACCUGGGGCGCCAUUGUGAACCUUUUGGGUUGCAUGUUGCUUGCCCCCUUCCUCUCUUGCUCCUGCCCUGUACAGGCUCAGCUGUAUAUAUCGAAGAGUAGUUUUUAUUCAGUACAAUAAUACUAUUUUUGUUAACUGUAUGUCUGUAUUUAUGUGUGUUGGCUGUACUCUUCCCCCUGCCCCAAAGCUCCCCUGCUCCAGCAUCCCAGUUAACCUCAUUAUCAUGAACCAGUCCCAGCAAGCGGAAUGCAGUGGGGACCACAAUGGGGGGGGGGAGCGGUCCCACGCCGUGGGCGCCUCUCUUGCCCCUUUUUUGAUUUAAAGUGUCUGUGCUGAACCUUCCGAUCACUCGCCCAUCCGUUUGUGUUCAGGCCCUACACGAACCUGUUAUUUUGUGUGGUGAAAGUUGGAGUUCUAAUAAAACUGUGAGUUGCAUCACCUUG